AGAAACAAAACAUUGCAUUCGUUGUUUAAAAUCAUCAUGGAAGUCAGCUAUAACAAAGAAUGUAGCGAUAAAAUGUAGGAUGGCCGCAUAUAGAGAGGCUUCGUAUCCUGGGGAAGCAUUUUGAGAACGAUGUCAUGUUUGAUGCUAGUAAAACGAUGUUAAUUGUCAUGAAAAUCAGGACAAGCCAUAAUUGUUUCAUGCAUGUGCAAAGUGUGUGGGCCUGCGUUCGCGUACAGUUAAAGGCAAACAUGCGCAGGCGCAAGCACCAAUGGUAAUUAAGUGUUAAUUCCGCGCCAUUAAAGUUUGUUAUGACUUUUAAUACAGUUUUGCAUAACAUAGAAUAUAGCAUACUUUCAUAAUUAUAAAUCCACUUUUAUGUGUCAUAAGCUAUAAUUUUACUAAGUACGACUGAGCAAUAAUCCAAUCACCAUUCCUUAAUGUUUUGCGGUGAUUUUGUAUAGCUCCUUGUUUUUCUCAUGAUGUAUAAUGCAUCCAUUCUUAUUCUUAUUACAGCUACAUCUUUUAAGUACACACUACACGCCAUGGCGUCAAGGUUUCCUCCAGAAAACCGGGUUCAACUGAGAGCAAGAAAAGGUCAUGAUAUGAAGUGGUCAUGUGACAAGCACGCUGAGCCAGUCGCGUUUUACUGUAAAGAACAUGAUAUUCCUAUUUGUCACAGAUGUGCGACCAAAGAUCACGGCAAGAUAUGUGAGCUAGACGACAUCGAGGAUGUCAUCCUUGAGAGGAUGAGAAGACUGGAUGAUAAACAGCAAGAAAUAGAGGAAACAAAGAAACAGCUGAAAAAGCUUGACUCUAAAAUAGAGUCCAGUGCGACUUCUACAAGUAAUCAUCUUCAGAUAGUCAACGAUGAGGUUAGGUCCACACACAAAGAUGAAUCAAAGAGUGUGAAUGAUGAUGAGGAAAAGAAGAUCCGUCUCAUCAACGAGGAGGCGGAUGAGGAAAUUCGUAUUAUUAACAUGAAGAGGGACAGACGAAUCAAAGGAUGCAAUGCUGAGAAAGAAAAGCAGCAGCUAAUCAUCAAAGAAAGCCAAGCAAAAGUAUUAUCAGAGACAAAGGCAAUCAGCGAAGUAAUUUCCAAAAAGAUCACAGAUCUUCAAAGUAAGAAUCAGCAUGCAAUCGACACAUUUGAUAAUACUGACGCCAUGAUCAAGAGAAUCAAACAAGAUGACAAAACAUUAGUGAAUGAAGCUCCUCAAGUACUUGCAUCAAUUGAUGACAAUUUAAAUUUGAAUAUUCAUCAAGAUGUUAGCGACUGUCUUGAUAGAAUACAACGUGAAGUUCAGAAAGUGAAGUUUGUCAAGGGUGAAGUAGGCGGGGAACACUUCAGGAGAAUUGAUGGCUAUAUCGGUAAAUGGGAGCUUGUCAAGUCAAUCCAAAUUUCAUUGAUUGUUAAUUACCCUCGGAUUUGUGGUUUUAUCAGUGAUGAUGAGAUAUGUGUAUUGGACAUCAAGAACAAUAUGUAUGUUACAAAUAUCAGCACUGAGCACACAAAGAAAGUCAUUAAAGGAGAUGGUAACGUGUAUAUUACAUCAUGCGCCCCCAUAGACAGCAACGUAAUAGUAUGUGGUAAGUGGAGACGAGGCUGCACGGGUGACAGUGUGGAUGGAUGCAUCACUCUCUAUGACAGACAGUGGAAGGUGAUUAGAAACAUCAGCAUACCGAGGAAUAACCACGAUAGGAAUGCUAGUGUGUACAUUGAUGUUGACAGGGAUGGGAUGAUCCUCGCUGCUGAGUUCAAUCAGUUUAAUAUAUACGUCAUCAACCCUGCUGAUGGUAAGAUAGUAAUCACUAUUACGAUGCAGGGCAAGAAGGUGAAGGGUGAGAUACAAGCCUUGUCAUCAGGUGAUAUCAUUGUGAAUACAGAUGAUAAUGAAUUUACUGUCAUCUCACGAUCAGGAGAAGAGAAGGCUGUCAUACAUUCUGAUGAUUGGGUGUGGUCAUGGUUACGCAUUGACAAAUUGACAAACACACUCUAUAUCACACACACGGAUGACGAGAGUACUACCUGCACAGUUGAUCAGGUGUCAUGUGAUGGUAUCAUCGAGGAACGGAACAUCGUGCAAUAUGAGGACUUUUACGUCUACACUAAUAACCCAUGCCUCGUAACUUCUUCUGGUAACCUUGUAGUUUGUGUGGGAGACAAGCUGUUUGUGUACAAGAAGAGAUUUAUUGUAUGAAUCAUCAGAUAAAAUAAAUGCAAUUCCUCAUACUGCAGAAAUUAAUCAGCCUCAACGUAAUAUAGGAUUAUUUGAUUGUUCACAUAACUCAGUUGUAAGUAAAGCAUUU